AUGCCGCAGCAGAGGUUGCAAUGCGGCGAUUGCAAGAAUCGUCUGCCCGACCUGACCACCGACAUGUGUCGCCUCUUGUCUUACAAAAGUCUGAACGGCCUGGUCAGAGAGAGGGACAGAAGGAGGAAGCAGGAUGGUGGAAAGGAGAGGAAGGGAGAAGAGGAGGGGAAUGGAAAGUUGGACGGCAAGCGAUUCGUGGAAAUUGGGGAAACUGUGUGUCCGUCUAAACACCGCAAACACUUUGGCAAUUGCAGAUUCCUCAAGUCCUUCUACAGGGAGCUAGGCACUCGCGACCCACCCCAUUUGCCGGCGUGGGCGUCGCCACUUCCACUUGGCACCCUUUGUCCGGCGCAUUUCCAGCCGCACCUGCAGCUGCUCCACAAAGGCGAGCAGGAGCACAGGCUCGAGAACAUCAAGCCCGACCAGAUCUUCGCCCCCGUCAGGUUGAGCGACGGCACGGUCUCGGAGGCGCCUCGCCGCGUGGCCAUCGAGGGUGGCCCCGGGAGCGGGAGAACGACCCUCUGCCUCCGCCUGCUUCACCAGUGGGCGAUCCAAGGCGAUGGCCCGGCACUGGCUUUCAUCGUCCCGCUGCGCGAGCUACGCGGCAGCCCCGUGCUCAAUUACCUGGCGCGCGAGCUGUUCCCGAGGACGGCCGCAAUCGGCGACGCGAUAGCUCAAGUGUGGCGCACGCUCCACCUGAUGGAGGAUCGCGUGCUGUUCAUCCUGGACGGAUACGACGAGUGCGUGGGCGGCAGGGCGUCCCUCGCCGACGCCGUAGACCUUCUGGAGGGGCGGUUGUUCCCGGACGCGAGGAUCCUGGUCACAUGCUCGGCCGGCAACUCGGCCAUGCUCUCGCCCCUCGUCCAAAGAAGGAUCCAUUUGGCCGGGCUGGAGUGGCCCCACGUCGAGAGGCUGUGCGUCGCUUAUUUCAUCCACAACGACAUCGCGGAGAAGGCUUGCGAGUUCCUCGAGGCGUUAAACGUGCAGCCCCAGACCGUAAAGCAGCUCGGUCAGCACCCUCUUGGUUGGAUUAUGCUCUGCUGCCUCUACCAGGAUUCUGGAAGCUUGCCAACUGAGACGAGCGCGCUGGUUCAAGCCGCGGUCAAGUGCAUCGUGAAGCGAAGUCUGGAUCCGCCUGUCCCUCACAACGAGGAGAUCCCGGGCCAUUGCAGGAAACGAUUGGAAGACUUUGGAAAGGUGUCGUUGGCCGCGCUCAGGGAGGGCAGGUGUUGCUACACGGAGGCCGAGCUUCGCGCACGGGGCGGAGGGAUCGAGGUGACCAGGUUGGGCUUCCUCACCAAAGGAUUGACGUUCGGCCAACGACGGAAACCGGACCUGUACACGCCCAUCCACAUGGCGGUGGCCGAAUUCCUGGCUGCCUACUACUUGACCUCCGUGGCCCAGUACGCCAACAUACUUCGAAGAGAGUUGGAAGGGCUGCCGUCGGGGAUCAUCAGCCACUUGGCCGGCCUGCUGGGACCCAAGACGCAUCUGAUAUUGAAUCAGUUGUGCCCGUUGGAGGUGCCGCCAAGGGCGGUGUUCUCGCUGUUGAAGGCAGCCGGCGCCUCGGACGGCAAUAUAUCCGCCGUGUGCAGAUUGGUCGGCGCUGGACCCGGCUUCGGCCCUGCGCCCAACGAGAGGCCUCCCGCCCCUCUGGUCCACACAUCCCCCCUCGAGCUGGAAGGGUGGGCGAGGAUCCUCGAGAGCGCGGCGUGCACCCUCGAAGCCCUCGAGGUUGUGUUCCAAGUGGAGAGGGGCUCCGAUCCGAGAUACCUCGACGACUUUUUCGAGGCCUUGGCCGGGAACGAGAGCGUGAAGCUCGUCAGGAUCACGUCCCUUCUUGGCCAAGAGUUCCCCGCGGACGAGGCGCAAAAAUUGGCCGGCCAUUUGAAGAGCGUCCUCGGCAAGAAGAAAUUGAACGACUUCGAAUUGGUUAUAACUUGUCUCGAGGAAGCUGCCCACGAUAGAUUGGAGUGCGUGGUGAACGCCCUUUGCCGUGGGCUGAGUCACGCGUCGACCAGCCUGGCACGGUUGGUCCUCGACAUGAAUCUGUCCGGCGAGCAAGUGUCCAGGGUCUGCGAUGCUCUUCGUGACUGCGUUCAAGUGCAGGCGCUUCACUUGCCCCAUUUGGGAUGCGGAUGCGAGGGACUGGCCUCGGUCGCGGAGCUCCUCAAGGAGAGGCCUUUGCUCGCGCUCAAUUUGGCCGGAAGUUGGGGCGCCAAGAACGAGGAUCCGUCCAGCUCUGGAAUCAGUAUGGGUUCGGGAUCCGGAUCCGGAAGCAGCGGAUGCGCGUCCAGUACCCUUGGCACGCUACCCUUAAAUCGGUGUUACUCGUCCCUGCCGAGGGGCGCAUUGGCAGCCUACGGCAGCUUAACGAGGCCAGCCAUUCCGCGGCUCCCCCUCGGGCUUGGCCUUGGUCCCGCGCCCACCACCGGAAACGGACCGCUGCCGCAGAACGACAGGGACAGAGACAGCAACGGAAGCAGCAAGAGGAACAGCGAUAGCGUACUUUGUCACCGGUUGCCGCUUCUGCACCCGUUGCCCACUUGCGACGUCAGUAGCCAUCAAGGAACUGGCUUCCACGAGAUCUUCAACGCCAUCAGAGAGCCGAACUGCAAGCUGAGGUCCCUGAACGUGUCCAAGUGUUUACUGGGCGGAUUGGACGCGGGCUGCUUGGGAGAGACCAUCAGAAGAGCGCGCAAUUUGGACGCUCUGAGGGCGGCCGGUGCAUCCAGACCGGCGGAUGUGAUGCCAUUAGUUCUGGCGCUGACAGAGGCACCGUGUCUUCAACUUCUAGAUCUAGCAAGUCCAAGACUCGCCCUCGACGACCACCCUUCCAGAUUACUCUGUCACGCUCUCGCCAGAAAUACCACCCUUAAGCUACUCAGCCUGGAGGGAUGGACGUUUAGAAUAGAGGAAUCGGACAGUCUGGCGGUGUUUUCCGAGUUACUCAGAUACACGAGCGUCCGCGAGUUGAGCCUGUGCAACGCCCGGCUACAUCUGGCCGUCCACGAGGGUCCUUUGGCGAGAUUAGGUCGCAGGGACGAUGCAGGAGCCGAGUUGCUCAGAGCCGCCCCUCCUCCCGCCUGUCCCGCCAUUGUAUUUCUCAGGCUGGCCGGUUUUCAAGUGACAGUGAACGAUCGCCUGGCGCUUCGAGGGCCGCUUCUUUUGCCAUUCCUCGCCGGUUUCACAGCCCUCAGCGAGCUCGAUCUCUCGUUGGACAAAUCGACGAUAGGAGGCAGUAGCGGAUCGUUGCUGUUCAUCGAUGACAAAAUCCUCCAACAGUUCUUCGCCUGCUUCUCCUCUCACUUCAAGAAUCUACAAUCCCUGAGGAUUAACUUUUGGCGGAUCACGUUGGAGGACAGCGAGAAAACCAUGAGACAGAUCGCCAAGUAUCUGAAGCUGUGCAACCUGAGCUUCUUAAAGGCGAACGGAUUGAUCGUGACCGACAGCGCGAAGAAGGUGCAAAUGGAACACGUAUUCGUGCAAACGAUCCUGACGCAUCUACAGUACUUGACGUGGCUCUGUCUGGAUGGAGUGGAUCUCACGGAAUCGCAGGCUUCCAGUAUCGGGAAAUGUGUUAGAGAUCGGUUUCCGGGCACCUCGUUGGAGAUCAGUGCCAAAGACGUGCACGUAAAGUCGGUGAAAGCUUUGGUCGCCGCGAUAGAGGAGGGUGGAAGGGCGGAAGUCGUGUAUACCGGUGGCUCGAACUGCAGACUGAAGAUCACUAAGGUCCAGAAGAGUAGCAAAGGUAAAAAGAAGUGAGGGAUGUCGGUUGGAGAAUUCUUGGUUGUCAACGACGUGGAAAUUUCGUAAUUGUUCGAUCAAUGAAAGAAUGUGGCCGUAGAAAAAUAACGAUUGGAAUUUGAUUCGUAGAUGAAUGAAAAUGUAGAUGAUGGAAAAUGCUCGAACGUGGGAGGGAGGGGUGAUUGGUUGCACGUGAUUCCAGGAUAAUCCGUAAAUGAUCCGGUGAAACGGAUCUUGGAAAGAGGGAGGCUGAGAGGAUGUUUUAGGAUGAGAAUAAUGUAGUUUUAGAAAGAUACGAGAUCGACGGUGUUAGCCGUAAGAGGCAUGUAGAAUAAGAAGAGUAUUCACAUGAGAAAGAAAGGGGAAAGAAGGAGAGGAAUGAAGCCAACACUUUGUGGAUUUUCGUCUUACUGUGAUUUCCUUUUCUGCGUGUUAUCAUUUUCCUAACGAAUAUAGAUCUAUAGAUCGUAGCAUUAUUAGCUCGAGCAUUAUUCUCGAUGGUCCGUUACACGCAGAAAAAUGUCGAAAUCGUAUAGAAGAAGGAUGGAUAAAAUAUAUAUAUAUUCUUUCAAUGAGAAAGAAUAAAUAAAACGAGAUAAAAAUUUUAGCAAGACCAAUUACACAUACGCAUACGUAUUAUCGAAAGAUAUUUAAAAAAUAAAAAAGGAAAAAAAUAAUAAUAAUAAAAAAAGAGGCUGUUGCAACUAGAUACGUUCGUUGUUGUUAGAUGGACUGUAAAAUAUGAUUCAGAGUAAUAUAUUAUUAUUAUUGUCAUUAUUGCGAUUAUUAUUAUUAUUAUUAUUCCUACGAUUACUAGUAUAUUCUGAUCAUGAUUAUUAAAUGUUACGAUCGAUUGAAUUGCAAUCGACGAUCCAUGAGUGAAAUGGCUUUACCGGAUGGCGUGUUGUUGGAAAUUUGAAGAAAUUUUAUAAAUUAUAUUCUAUAGUAGUGGGUAGAUAAAAAAAAAAA